AUGACUCACAGCGUUCUCAUCUGCACACCGCCAUAUUUUGACUACGGAGAUAAAGUGGUGACAAUACAUAUGGGUAAUUUGGAGUACCGAGUGGGAUAUCUUAACUAUGGGGAUCUUCCAGUAAGUUUUAGCUGGGUGGCAGGUGUAAUUGUCGCUAUUGCUAUUCUGUCUGUCAUUGGAAUCGGUACCGGAGUCAUAGUCUAUAAAAGACGUGCAAAACCCACAACUAGCUGUCACAAUGGCUCCAAUGCCACGGAGUACCUUGAUUUAAGCAGUCAGAUCACACCGCCACAUGCUGUCAAAACUUCAGAUGAUGCUUUGGCGCUGGUAAAGGAUGACGACAUAAAAGCUGCUUUAAAGCCCGUACUUUUGAGCAGAGAGAGGAUUAAACUUGGGAAGUUAUUAGGCACAGGGAAGGGUGCAGAUAUUCAGCACAUAGAUGAAUUCUUCACAGAAGCAGCUCUGAUGACGUCAUUUCGCCAUGAUCACGUGUUGGCACUACUCGGGAUUUGCUUUGAAGUCGACGGCAACCCUUUGAUUGUAUUACCAUAUAUGGCCAAUGGAGACCUUAAAACCUACCUCGAGGAUUCCACGAAUGCACCCACGGAACUGCAGCUGCUGCAGUUUGGUUUGGACGUAGCUUGGGGCAUGGAAUACCUUGCUGAAAACAAAUUUGUUCAUCGGGAUUUGGCUGCAAGGAACUGCAUGCUUGAUGACCAACUGCGCGCCAAGGUGGCCGAUUUUGGACUGACUCGCGACGUGUACACCACUGAAUACUACAGCUCCGGAGACAAGCAGGCCAAGUUGCCGGUGAAGUGGAUGGCACCAGAGUCCAUGGAGAGGGACGUUUACACAUUUAGUUCUGAUGUGUGGUCUUAUGGCGUCCUACUUUGGGAGCUGUUCACCCGUGGUAAGGUGCCGUACCCUGGUGUAGACGAGUGGGAUGUUCUAGAGUUCUUAAAACUUGGGAGAAGACUGGGCAGACCCGAGUACUGUCCUCAGCACGUGUACCAGCUCAUGCUGAAGUGCUGGUCGUGGGAACCAGAGGAGCGGCCAGACUUCACCUCUAUAGUAACACAAAUAGAGAAGACAGUGAAAAUCAACACGGAAGUUGGUGGAGAACCUGGUCACCCAGGAGAGGAUGAUUACGACGCAUAUACGAAAAUGGUGUAA